AUGUCAGGAAACAUCGUUGCACCCGAUUCCAAAAGCGCAUGGAAAGGUUAUCACCUUGACAUGUGGCUUGCCUUCACUAAUGUAAAUGGACUUACCAUCAUUGGAUCUGGCACAAUUAAUGGCCGAGGGGCUAUAUGGUGGUCAGAGUGUAGUUCGUAUAGGGUUCCACAGGGUGGAACCUGCAAAGGACCAACAGCACUGACUUUUUAUAGGUGCAAUGGGCUUGUGCUCAAGGGAACAAAACAUAUUAAUAGCCAAAGAAACCAUAUUGCUAUAUUCAAUUGCAAAGAUGUUACCUUCUCUAACCUGCAUAUAAGUGCCCCAAAAACAAGCCCUAACACUGACGGUGUCGACAUAGCCAGUUCCAGCAACGUUCGGAUACUGAAUUCUUUCAUCGGCACUGGGGAUGAUUGCAUAGCUAUUAGCUCAGGUUCAUCCCACAUCAAUAUUACUGGCAUUGCAUGCGGCCCUGGGCAUGGCAUCAGCGUUGGAUCAUUGGGUGCUCAUGGAGGGAACGACACAGUGGAGGAAGUACAUGUGCGAAAUUGUACUUUCAAUGAAACUAUGACAGGAGUUAGAAUUAAGACAUGGCAGGGAGGCGUUGGAUAUGCAAGGAAGAUCUUAUUCGAGAAAAUCAAGUUCAUCCGAGCUGAUAACCCUAUUAUUAUCGACCAGUACUAUUGUCCCGGUGGUCAUUGCAAAAACGAGACAUCGGGCAUUAAGAUCAGCGACGUAUCGUAUAGAUACAUCACUGGAACAUCAACCACCGACAAGGUGAUCAAUUUGAGCUGCGACCAGAAUGUUGGUUGCACGAACAUUCAGCUUUAUUAUGUCCACAUAAUAUCUACAGUUCCAGGGAAGAAGGCCUACUCCUUCAGCUUCAACGCUGAUGGAAACUGCACCCAUACCAAACCUGUUGUGAAGGGACUGCAACCUUAACCAGGAGAAGAAGGUGGCUACUUCAAAAAAGAUGGAUCAAGGAUUUGUAUGGUUAUAUCAAAACUUUGACAUUAAUUUAUGUUUGUCUUAUGUAAUUCUAGUUCUGCCUAUUUAA